AUGGGGACGUCACAAUUUGAAGGCGUCGUGCGCAUUCGGGAGCGUGUCAUCUUCAGUCCGUCCUCCGCUGAUAAUGGAUCAAAUGAUAGCGGAGAUCACUCUUCUCUUAUAUCGUGCUCAAGACGGCAAUCGCAGUCCAUCAGUCGUUUAAGCGAUGAUGUGUGGUAUUUUUGCGUCUCUCGGGCGCCUAUUGCGUCGCUUGAGUGGUAUACGCUGGAUGCCAGCACUGACAGCAGCGAGGAGGAAAAUGGCUCGCCUUUCACAAGCUAUAAAAGCAAUAUUUUGUUAACAAAGACGCAAGUGACAAGUGUUGAGGCUGUGGACGGAGAGAAUGUGAUGUUACCUGAGAAUGAAUACGAACCAGGAGUUUUUGUCAAUUGGACUAUUGAUGAACAAGAGCGCAAACAACUUGAAAGUGUUUCAUUUUACAUUGAGGACAAAGUUGUAGGUGUUGCACUUUUGAUAGAGGCCGAAAGUCAUAGUAAGCGAGAUGCAUGGGUGACGUUUUUGAGUAAAUUGCUGUUUCAUAGCGAUACAACAAAGAAAUACUGUGGUCACGGAAGUGGAGAUAUAUUACAAUGUGGAGGUGACACGGCAAAAGAGCGUGAAGUCCAGUCUGCGUCGACAACAUCAUCGAUUUCCACGCGAUCGUUGCUCCAUCAAGGCAAGUCGGAAAAUCUCAUUGAAGAUGGCGAUAUAUUCGGGCUGCUGUCACUUACAACGUCAGCUAUAUGCGUCACAGACGAACAGGAGCCACUUGGUAAAACGGCACGAAAUGCUGCUCCAGGGAUGUUUCAGAUGGAUCACUUUGAGUUGCUUGAAAGACUUCGCCAUGAAGAAGAUGUGGGAAAUACAAGCGACAGCGAUGUUAACGUCUUAUUUUCAGACUCGGACUGUGUGGCCGAUACAGUCCUUAAUUCAACGCUGCUAUCGUCCAAACGAGAACAGCAAAAUUUUAGUCGUGAGCGCGUUAGCAGCAACAGCACGGAUCCUUUGAUCUCAAGUCGGGUCAGAGAAGGUGGCCUGCAUGCUUCGAGCCGCCGACAUAGUACAAGUUCAGUAUCCAAUUCAGAAACGAAAGGCUGUUUUCGAUGUAGUAAAAAAUUUGGCCGGCUUAUUCACACACCCAAAGUCUGUGUCUCCUGUACGCAUCGCUUUUGCCGCGAUCACUGCAAUCAGUGGACGAUUCUGACAACCCCAGAAUCCAUUACAGUUCUAAGCAAUUCUGGGUCCCGCGUUGGUGCUAAAAGUGCACAAUUGCCCGGGACAAAGCGCGUGUGCAUGGACUGCUAUGUAAGGCAGCAAUUGUUGUCGUAUCUUCAAGAAGUAAGCAUGUACUACGCUUCUACGGUUGAAGAAGCGGGUGGAAUUUCACGUUUGGUCCGCUGGAAAUAUUUUGAUCAAGGACCAAAGCAUGAGAUUGAACGCCAUGUACGAGCCCGAAGUCUUGGACCAUUGAGUCUUCUCUCGGCGAUGUUUAAGUAUCGGCAGCAACCCUUCAUGUUCGUUGUUGUGCUUGCUCAGCUUAUACACAAUGUUGAAAAUUGUAUGAAUACGAUGGAGUUUUACUGGCCACAGUUUUUGCAAUGGGGAUUUGUUCACCUCUCGGACGCCUCUCCUAGUGUUCGAGCCUUCUACCUCUUUUUCUUGGCUGCCACUGCCCGACGAAGUGUUCGUCUUGCAGUCAAGGCGACGUGGGAGUGCAUUGCAGCUCAUUGGGACGCAAUGACUGGAGGAUUCUACCAAAGGGGAAAUGGCAUUGUAGUCAUGCUUUUCUUCGUUACAAAUAUCAAUUUUGGAGAUCCCCGCUGUGUAUUCCCACAGCUGCUGUUUCCACUAGCACCACUGCACCAGCGUGAAUCCUUAACAACGCUGCUAUAUCAGCUUUUUGAAUUCGUUCGGAGAACUUAUGCGGCAUCACAGCGUGAAUCUCCGUUUUUUGAGUGGUUGCUCGCUCGCAGCAAGGAGGAGACUGUAGCCAGUUCACGUAAUAUUCAAAUGCAGCUCCAUAUUGGUGAUGGCUUUUUAGAUCCCUUUCCGACGGAUUAUCACGAGGAGUUUCAACUCAUGAUGGUGGAAAGGCGAAGAUCUGGUACCCAGCACCUUGUAGAAACAAAGCAGCGACUGUGGAACACACCUGCUCUCCACUGCUUCAGCGAUGAAUUUCGGCUGGUUCGCUAUCUCGUGGAUCUUUGUACCUAUCUAAAAGAAAAUAUUAGUGAGCCUUCACAACGAAAAAAACAAUUACCGGCUUUAUUACAGAGAAUGUUGUACGGAAAAUACAUUCGACCGGAUGCUGCACUACCGCUAUCCGGAGUAGUGACUUACUCACAUCGCGUAGUCAAUGUACUUACCGACGAGGGAACGGUGUUUUCUACCAAGGCUCGAGCCCCGACACUGGUAUAUUUUGAAAUUGUUGCGUCGUCAUCGUGCGAUUAUAAAUAUUCUUCAGAAUUUGAUGGCUGGCCGAAGCAAAAUGGCGAAAUCAAUGCGUUGGUGGAUGCUGCAUUGAACGUACGACGAGACAAAUUUGAUUAUUUAGAAUUUGAAAGACAAGAAAUUUUAGAUUACCUCGAUGGAGAAUGUGUUGGAACGUACGUGGCUGAUUUGAUUCCUAUAUCCCGGAAUGAUUCUCAAGGAUCUAUAAGCUCGUCAAUUUCUGAUAAAAUAGCUGGAUUGAGUCAAGCUUUCCCCACAAGUUAUCCGUCACAAAGUGUCUUUGCACAUGAUAGUGAUGAUUUUGACUUUGAGGGAAGAAGUGAUGAAGACAGCAUGGGUACGUGGGAUAACUCAGAUUUUACGAACACAACGCUCGGGACCAAGUGUCCAUUUUUUGGAGAACGCUUUGCUGAUACACAGAAGCGCAUUCGUGAAGAAAGCAAUUUUUCUAGAUUUGAUGGUUGGUCACUGGUUCCCGUCAUUGCGAAAAGUUUUGAUGACAUGCGCCAAGAAGUAUUUGUAUUACAAGGGCUCAAGCUAGUUCAACUCAUUUUUCGAAAGCACAAUUUGAAUUUAUGGAUGCGUUACUACGAUAUUGUUUGUGCAGGGAAAGAUUGUGGCCUAUUGGAAGUCAUUACGGAUGCACAGUCAUUGGAUGGUCUUAAGAAAAAGGGCACAGAAAUUUUUGGCGUAGGCACAUCACUUUCUAAAAUAUUUGAACGGGCUUGUGGUCGUGAUCCAAUCGAAGGUAAACACGAUCCACUUCGCUUAGAAAGAGCUCGAGCGAAUUUUAUUACGAGCAUGGCCGCCUAUAGCCUCUUUUCUUAUAUAUUUUUGGUCAAAGAUCGACACAACGGUAACAUAAUGUUGGAUACCGAAGGUCAUAUCGUGCAUAUUGAUUUUGGUUUUGUUCUGGGUAUUGCACCUGGCAACACAUUCAGUCUUGAAACCGCUCCAUUCAAGCUCACCUCGGAGAUGGUUGAAGUUAUGGGAGUUGUAGGAUUUGAUCGCUAUCGGCGGCUUGUUGCUCAAGGUUUGCAAGCUCUUCAUUUAGAAGCUCAACAAUUGAUGUCGCUUGUGUACCUUUCAUCUAAAGAUUCGUCAUUUCCAUGCUUCAAGGGUCAAUCUCGUGCACGCAUCAUUCGACGUUUAAGCCGUCGUUUGUGUAUUGGAUGGAGUGCAUCAGAUGUCGAGCGCGUUGCUGCUCGUAUUGUGGAUAAGAGUCAUGGACAUCGCGGCACAAGACAAUAUGACUGGUUCCAGAAGAUCACAAAUGGUAUUUUACCUUGA